AUGUUUGACUCGGAAAUAAUCCUACUGACAAAACCUCCCUCGACUCAAACUCCACUUGACACAUUGAAUCAAAUUUUCCAUAUUGUUUUAGAACAUUCAGCAGUAGGAUCGGGAAUGUCUGAUCAAUCCUCAUCAAGCGCUCAACCGUCAAUAACUCCUGGUCUCCAAAUUCGUGCCAUGAACAUCUCAGAUGACUCACUUCCUUUUCUUUGCAAUACGACUCUCGGAAUCGUCUCACUACCAGACUUCUCAACAUUUUCUCAUACGCUCAUUCAGACCAUCAAUAUCCAAUCUUCGUCUGAGAAGUUUUCUUGCAUAGAGGGAGAUGUAUCUAUCUUCAUCCACUGGGCAGGAGAAACCCCCGACAAAUACGCCUACCAAACGGCAUCUCGAUGCUGGAACAACAUCUCGUUGGACUUGAUGCUCCUAUCCGAGAAAAGACUCUCUGUUGACAAUCCGGCUGAAUUGAAAGAUCUUUGGAGAUUUCUAGCUAAGAGAGGAUUUCGAGAUGAGAUCUUCUGCGUUUUCGAGCCUUUACCUAUCCCGGCAUCUGGCCGCACUUCUGAGUAAGGAAAGAUUUUCAAGGGCACUUAAUUCACUCUGCUGAGUGAAAAGAGAAAUACUGGAGAUGUGUUUAUGUCUGGGAAGAAGCUUGGAUUUGAUGGUCACUAGUUCAGGUAGGAGGAUUCUGAAAUGCCAUAAUAGCGUUUAAAGCGAGGUCUAGCGUUACUUAUCAUUUGUUCACGUACUAAAGCACUUGACAAAUCAAGCUUUUCACUUUGAACUGCGUCUUCUGACUUUGU